UCCAACUCUCUAUCAAGCACAACCUUUAGCCACACCCGAAGGAAACCACAAACCAGGGAGCUGUACAAGGGAAAGGAGAAUACAAGAGCUUGCCAAACCCUAGCUAGCAGAAGGCUCACUUUCUCCAGAUAACAUCACCACCCACCAACCACCAUGAUCUUCCCUCCUUCCUUCCUGGAUUCCUCAAGCUGGAAUGAUAACCAGCAUGCUCACCACCAGCAGGUCGCGGCGGCCAGCGGCGGUGCUGGCGGCGGCGCCGGCGACGGCAGCUGUAAUAAUCUUGAGCUCCUCCAGCCGUCAAUCAUGCAGCAGGGAACCCUUGCCGAAAGCGGAGACGGCGGUGGGCAGGCGAUGGGGCCAGCCAAGCCGAUGUCUAUGUCGGAGCGCGCGCGGCUGGCUCGGGUGCCGCUGCCGGAGCAGGGUCUCAAGUGCCCGCGCUGCGACUCCGGCAACACCAAGUUCUGCUACUUCAACAACUACUCCCUCACCCAGCCACGCCACUUCUGCCGAGCCUGCCGCCGCUACUGGACCCGUGGCGGCGCGCUCCGCAACGUCCCCGUCGGUGGUGGGUACCGCCGCCACGCCAAGCGCGCUAAGCCUAAGCAGGCCGCCGCGGCGGGAGCGCCGGCGGCCAACGGCACCGCUUCCGGUGGGUCGACCACGACGACGUCGUCCACUUGCACUCCAGCUGCCGCGGCCAAUGGGGCGCCCACUCUCCCGGCCAUGCUAAACAGCGGCGGGGGGAACCUUUCCGGCCUCCUGCCCCCGCUACUCCGCCUCGCUGACUUUGAUGCCAUGAGCCUAGGCUCGACCUUCUCGGGGAUGGGCAAGCCAUCCUCCAUGGACGUGGCGUCUGGCUUCUACCCUGUAGGCGGCGCUGCCGCGGCGGCUGGGCUGGAGCAGUGGAGAGUUCAGCAGAUGCAAGGCUUCCCGUUCUACCACGCAUUGGCCGACCAGCAGCACGCGAUGGUGCAAGCUGCAGCGCCGGCAAUGGCGAUGCCGGGAAUGUUCCAGUACCUAGGCCUAGACAGCGGCGGCCGCGGAAGCGUCGAAGAAGAUGGAGGAGAUCAUCAGUUCCGUGCGACGAUGGCAUCGAAGAGGGAAGGCUACCCAAGAUCAGGCAGCAUCGGUAUGUACGGUGGUGGUGAUCACCGCCUCACUGCUGGCUACACAAGUUCCUACUCCAAUACUGCCACAGGUAACCAUCUCUUGUAAUGAGCUAAGCUAAUCAAAUGCAAGCUCAUAGCCUCAGAUCAAUCUAUAAUUAGCUAGCUAGUUGUAUGGACUUGGAGGGUGUUGUGAGAUAUAGAGAAAAGCUUUGCAUUUGUUUUGCAAUGUGAUUCAUGGGGGGAUAUGGAUGGUGUUGUGUGCUUGCUAGCUUAAUGAUCAUGGACAAGUAUUAGUGUUAAUUAGCUAGUUUAGCUAGCAUGAUCAUUUGCUAAGUUUCUUCUACCUCUAUUUUGU